CUUCUGCACACAGGUCGCAGACGCAGGACGCUGAAGACAACGAUUAGCACCCACUGGUGGACAAUAGCUCUCGACAUAAACAGCCCAGCAUGGGAGACGCGCUCCCUUCAGCUUCGGCGUCGCAACGACCCACGACCGCCGGUGACGGUUCGAUGGUGCCUAAAACUAGAGGGUGGCGCUGGCUCGACUUCGAUCAUCCCACAGCCGAACGUCAAUCUGCGUCUCGCGGACCUAAACACUACCUCGAGUCGUCUCCAGAAUGGUCUGCGGUUCACGAUUUCGAGCGGCGGCUCAGUCGAAACGGCAUCAAGAUGUCUGAGACCAGUAACAAUCACGCUUCCGGUAUUGCCGCACAACCGGUCGUGCAAGAACGUGGCGGUGCGGGCUCGAUCCUAGACGGGUAUGUUCGAGCCAACGCACAGCGCAGCAACCACCAUGUUUCGAGAAGCGAGGACUUUCCACCACUUGAGGCCCCGGUCAUAGCAUCCUUUACGAACACCAAGAAGGAGACCAAAGUCGAGACUCUCGAGCGACAGUUGCGUCAGGCGCAGGCGGAGGCUCAUGUCUGGAAGGCAAGGUCUGAGAAUCAAGAGCACAAUCUGGGCGUCUCCUACGAGGAAACCAUGGAAUGGAGGAUGAAGUAUGAAGACCUGUACAGUGCUGUACUUCGAGGUAUGGAGACCGAGCCUACUACAGAGCACAAGAAGGGGACCACAAAGUCGUUGAGCUAGACAUGGGCUAGACAUGGGCUGCAGUUCAAAAUAAAGCUGUCCA